CUGGACACCAACCUUGGGGCACUUUUCGCCCUUGCCUAUGCAUCCUGGUACCCCAUCACAUCAUCGCGAAGUGAAGCGGGCCGCAAGCAGCACCGACACCACCAGCAGCGAUCCCGGCGGCAAGAGAAACCAGCGGUACGAGCAUCGAGAGCGAUUUUCAACAACCACAAGGAAAUGACCUAAUUUACGCUGCCGGCCCUCGAGUCAUCGAAUGCUUGAGCGAGCGGUCGGAUGGCAGCGGCCCAUUUGAAGCCGCUCCUUUGUUAGCCCGCGGGUUGCUCCUUGCAAGUUGCCCCCCGCCCCGGUGGUGACAAUGCCCCGGGCCGACGACAGCUCGCGCUUCAGCUCCAUGACGGGUUCCAGCACCGACAGCGCGAGAUCCAGCAUCACGGUGAAACCGCUGCCCUUGACGCCCACUACCCCUUCUCUUCCCACCGCUCCUUGUCCGGGCAACAAUGGCUCCAGAUUCGCCCCGCAUGGAUCGCGACGAGCAGCCCCGUCACGCCUCAAGACAGACGACAACGGCAGUUUCGUCCGGUGAGUGGCACAAUUCUUCUUUCUUGCCUUGCCAUCUUCGUGUCCC